UUGAAUUACAGUGCUUAUGAAGACAUUACUGCGAAAUAUUUCAGAUAGCAUCAGGAUCACACUCUUUAAAUGUCGAAGAAGGGGAGGUUUAAGAUGGACGUCGUCGUUGCAAAAAUUCUUUCACUCGUGAUUGUAACCAGCGUUUCGGUCAUUGUUGGUAUGUUACCAUGCAGACUUGUGAAGCACUUUAGUAGGACCAUGUGUAAAUCUAAACGCAUGUUUGAUGAUAUAGUAUCUGGUGUUAAAUGUUUCUCUGGAGGAGUUUUCUUAGGAGCAUGUUUUCUUCAUUUGAUACCCCAAACGCGGAAGAAAGUAGAUAUUGUGUUGGACCAGCUACGACCAAUUUCACAAUAUCCCGUAGCAGAACUGCUGAUCAUGGCUGGAUUUUUCACGGUUGUGUUCUCUGAACAUGUUAUUCGGUAUCUGUAUUAUCGUUUACACGAAGGAACUUGUUCCGCGUAUUUUGAUCAUGAUAGUUAUAGCUUUGAUGAAGAUUAUCUCCCAACCACUGAAGAUCCUGAUUUAAAUGGUUGUGAACUGCUUGAAUGUAAAAAUUUAAGGUCGUCAAUUCCACAGCAAGGUAACAAUGAAGAGAACAUACAGACAAACGAACAGACACAUGCAACUGAGGAAAGCAUGAAUAAUAUAAAUCCAAACAAUCAAAAUAGUACAGGUUUAACGCAUUCUAAUACACAACGUGACAGUAGGUUCGAUAAUAAGAUAGAACGUGCUCCAUUACAAGAGUUGGAAAUUGAAACAGUAGUGACAGGAAAAAGUAAAUGUGAAGAAGGGAAGGGACAGAUUCACUCGGUGUUUUUAUUAACUGCUCUUUCAUUCUAUGGUGUAUUCGAAGGAAUGGCGCUUGGUUUGCAAGUUCAUGAGGGCGAUGUGUGGGUAAUGUGCGUAGCUAUCAGUAUACACCAAGGAAUACAUUCUUUUGGUAGAAGUUUACAGUAUGCCAGGAAUUUCGAAAAAUUAUCGACUAUUGUAUUUUCAGUUAGCGCCUUUUCUAUCAUUUGUGUUGUUGGGAUGAUAACUGGAAUGACGAUAUCUUCUGGCGUGCAGUUAUAUACAGAUGUUGACGUGCCAAAUGCCAUUUUACAUAGCCUUUCAACCGGAACUAUUUUUUACAUCACAUUUUUGAAUAUUUUAUAUAAACAGUUAGAUGGAAACAAGGAUAUUAAGAAAGUUUUGUGCACUUUUUUAGGUUUCUCCGCCACGGCCGUGAUUCUUGCUUUUGCAAAUCAGCAAGAUAAACUUGUAUAA